ACUUCAAACAGGGAAUUGAUGGAAAAGGCAUCUUGUCCCUCUUCUGAAGCAUUUUAAAGACUACUGGGUUGAGGUUUGUGCCUGGAGCCUGUAACCUGCUUCUGCCACCUGCUCUUGCCUUUAUAGAGGACCCUUUGUGAGGAGGCUGUAGCAGAGUGAAUUGUUUUGCUGGCAGCAGCAGUUUUGUUCCUGAAGGGUGUCAAGAACGCAUGGCAAGUACAGGUUGUAUUGGUUAUUUUGGCCAUAGCGCUUUUCUCCCACACAUAGCCUUUCCUGGGUCAGCUCCAAAAUGAGUGGGAACUUAGAGUAAAUUUCAUUUUAGUGAAUCUGACUUCCAGAAAGCUCUGAAACUAGGGACCAGGUUUUAUGUGUGUAAUGUAUUGCCUGUGUGUACUUGGGUGCAUCUGGAUUUUAAUCUGGGGGCUCACAGAGUUGUCUAUAAACUUGUGCUCCUCACAACCUAGUUUCUUUCUAAUGCUACAAAACUUGCUUGUGAAACUGCACAAUUGAAAAGAGAAUCCUCAUUUAGAGCGUGAGGAGUAGAAUUUGCUUGCCAUCGGCCUGUGCAGAGUCUUGAACUGUCCUUUUAGGUGGGAGAAAGUGCAGCACAUUAUUGGCAUCACACCAGCAAUCUAUUUUUGCACUCUUAAGUAUAGUAUCAGAAACAGACCUGCUGGGGCUCUCUGGGGUGGAUUCUGGGCUCUCAGUGCUGGGAGAUCUGCCUGAAGCUGUGGGUCAAGGAUGUGGGGGCAUGUUCCCAACAUUUCCUGCUCAGGUGGUUGGUGGCUUGGUCUGUUGUGAGCUGCAUGGCUCUCCUUUUCUGUAGCACAGACUUUGAAGUUAUACUUGGGAGUCAAGUACCUGAAAAGAAGAAUAUGAAAAUAAUAGGGGACAGACAUUUAAACAGGGCCUGUUGUGAUAGGACAGGGGUUUAAGCUAAAAGAAGGGUGAUCCAGACGAGAAAUGAGGAAGAAAGUUUUUAUGAUGGCAUGGUGAGACACUGGCACAGCUUCUGUUUGCUGAGCUCUGCCAAGAACUGGGAGUGAGUCUUGCUUAUAUGGGCUCUUUGGGUGAGGGACUCUACUUCAAGGUCCCUAUGCAAGUCUCUUCACCCAAUAGCUUUGGAAAAAUUCAGUGACAUUAGCUGUUGCUUGUCCCACAUCUGUGUUUAUUUAGUGCUUUCAGAUUAAGGAUGACUGAACAUGUGAAGCCAUCUGGGUUUGAAUGGGGACUCACUCCUUCCUCUUCUCUUAUUAAAGUUAGAUAUGUAAUAAAAACUGUAAUCACUUUGGUAUUUGGUUAAACUUGAACUAACGAAAGAUGAGGUAGUGGUUGCUUUUUUCCAAAUGGGUUCAAUGUUUUCUACAACUUCUUUAUAUUUACUCAGUGCUUAGGAAUCUUUUGGUUUUUUCUCCUGUUUUUUCUUUUUAGCCCAGGCUCUUUGCUUGGCUAAUGGCUCCCCUUAUUUGCUUUGUGGCCUUACCCGGUAAAAGUGGAUGCCAGUCAAAUCUGUAAUUUUUAGGUUAUACAGCUGUUCUGCUAAUGCUGUGUAGAAAGCAGCAGAAAACACAGAAGAACAAAGCAGGAGAGUAGAAAACAUCCUAUUUUUAGGACAAGAUUGGUUUAUCUCAUACUUAUCCUAGCUAGGGGGAUAGUGUUUCCAGAGAUGGAAAGGGCUGCAUAAGACUGAGUUAAUUUUAACUGCCUGGCAGUCUACAAGCAUGGAGCCUGCACAAGAGCCACAGGAGCUGGGACCUCAGACAGAAAUGAUUGCAGACACAAUUCUUGAGGUUGGAGAGAGACUCUUCCAGGUCAGCCGUAGGGUGCUUUCAGUACACAGUCGAUAUUUUGAAGCCAUGUUCUUUGGAGGAGCAAGGGAGAGCUCUGAACAGCACAUAGUGAUCAAAGGCAUCGAUGCAGUGCCAUUUCAUGCACUACUCGAAUUCACUCGCACAGCCAAAGUUCUCAUAGGUCAAGAAAAUGUGACCAGCUUACUGGAAACAGCUGAUUUUUUUCAGUUUGACAGGGUGAAACUGUUGUGUGAGAAAUUUCUGGAGAGAGAACUGCAUGUUUCAAAUUGCCUGGGCUUGAUGACCUACUCACAGCAUUUUGCCUUUACAGAGUUAUAUGUGUCUGCUAUGAAUGUGGCUCUCACUCACUGGGGGGAUGUGAUAUGCCAGGAAGAAUUUAAGGCAUUACCCAAGGAAAUGCUGGUGCAGCUCUUGAAGAGUGAUGACCUCUUCAUUUCAAGAGAGGAUGUGGUUUUUGACAGUAUUAUGAUUUGGAUAAUGGAGGACCCAGCAACAAGAGAGGAGGAAUUUCUGGAUUUGGUGGGCGAAGUCAGGGUCACUUUUCUGAGUUUGUCCUUCCUCGAUAUCUUGGUGAAACGCAGCAAGUGUGCUGGAGAGACAGAUAUCUUUUCCAGACUAAUAAAGAAGUUAGACAGCUGUCCCCCACCCAGCUGGCAAAAUCCGAAACUGUGUCCUUACACUGGCCGGAGCUAUGACACCUUAUAUGUCCUGGGAGGAAAGCAUGACAAGGAACAGCAAGAAUUAUUUCUCUUUCAACCUAAAACAGGGACCUGGCAGGCUUGUUCUCCACUGCAGCGCAAGAACCUCACCCAGUAUGCAGUGGCAGCAGUAGGUAACUUACAGAGAAGGAAAACUGAACAGAUGCAAACAGAAGUUGAGACUGAGUCCCAAAUGCAGGGAGUCCAACUGUUGCUGUUAAACUGUUGUGCUCAGCAUUGCUAAAACCUCAUUCAUAUUGGUGUUCAUAUUUGUUCAAAGAAUGUAUUUUUUCUUCCUUAGUCCUGGGAGAAUGCUAGACAACACUAUUCUCCUAUAGCAGAAACUAUGCAGUCUACCAAGCUCCUUACCUUGCCUUACCUUGGCUUUAUCUGGAAUUAGUUUAAGGACUUGGCUUUAAGCAGUGUAUUUUUUGGCCUUCUCUUUUGUAGGGAUUUAGACAUAUGACAGGCGACUUCUGAUUUAUAGUUGCCAUUACAUUAAACUUAGCCACAGAUGUUGGGAAAUCUUCAUACUUGGAGACUUUCAAGCCAGCUCAAUACUAUGGCUUCCUGUAUUAGUGUUGGUAAUAGUCCCAUUUCUGGUGGGAGUUUGGAAUUGAGAUCUCUGAGAUUCUAGCCAAACUGUGUUUCCAUGAUUCUGUUCAAAAAUGGGAGCAGGCUUGGAAAGACUGGCUGCAUUCCAUAGGCCAAAUGAAUUAAAUACUGCAAACUGAUUGAUAGAGCAGUGAUUUUUCUCUCCUCAUCUUACACCUUAUCAGUACAGCCCAGGGUGAAAUGAGAACCCCAGUUAUCAGGAGCAAUUUUUAGCCUUCACAUGACUAGUAUUUUCUUUGC